AAUUAUUCAUUAUUAUAGUUGAUUAUUUCUAUAAUACAUAAUUUUUACUUAAAUACAUUUAAAAGAAUAAAUUAAAUUUAUGAAAUGUACAUUUCCAAUGUAAGCUUAAAAAAUGCAUACUUGUAUUUUAAUUUAAUGUAGUAUACUAUUUAUUUAAUCUAGUUAUCUAUUCUAGUUCUAUUUGCUCAUAAUUUCAAUCAAACAUGUGUACUUGUCUAUUGUUUCUAUUAUUUGGUAUGUAUUUUUUAAAUUUUGCAUUCACCCAAGAUCCUUCUGGUUACAUAGCCUAUUGUCCAUGCAUGGGUCGUUUUGGAAACCAAGCCGACCACUUCCUGGGUGCCAUUGGUUUUGCUAAAGCUUUAAAUCGCACACUCUUAUUACCUCAUUGGAUUGAAUACCGGUACGGUCAGCAGAAGUCUGUACAAAUUUCAUUUGAUACAUACUUCAAAAUAGAUCCACUUUUAGAAUAUCAUAGAGUUCAAUUAAUGAAUGACUUUAUGAUCAAAUAUUCAAAUGAUACGUGGCCACCAGCAAGUCGAACAUCAUUUUGUUAUAUGCAAAGAGGCGAAUUAGAAGGAUGUAAUGCCAAAUCAGGGAACCCUUUUGAGUCAUUUUGGGAUACUUAUGGUAUUGAUUUCUCAUCUUCUGAAUUUUAUGCCCCUCUAAACUAUGAUGUAUACCAUCAUGAUAUGAUAUCUAAAUGGCACAAGAAGUAUCCAUCAUCUGAAUGGCCAGUAUUGGCAUUUGUUGGUGCUCCGGCAAGUUUUCCAAUACAAAAAGAAAAUGUAGAGAUUCAUAAGUACUUAAAAUGGAAUGAUGGAAUUGAUAACUUUGUAAAGUCAUUCAUAAAUAAUAGAAUUAAGCCUGGAAAAUUUAUUGGUAUUCAUUUGCGCAAUGGUAUUGAUUGGGUCAGGGCUUGUGAACAUAUCUCUAAGAACUCUUUAUUGUUCUCAGCUCCACAAUGUUUAGGCUAUAGAAAUGAAUAUGGAAAAGCUACAGAAGAAUUAUGUUAUCCAACAUUUGAAACAGUCGUGAAACAACUAAAAAGACUUAUUCGAAAAUAUGACAAAGACAUAAGUACAGUUUUUGUAGCCUCUGAUAAUAAUCAUCUAAUCCCUGAACUAUCACAUGCAUUAUCAAGUUUUAAUUUGAAGACUGUAAAAUACGAUAAAGAUAAUCCGCAUGUAGAUCUUGCAAUACUAGGCAAGGCAGAUUAUUUUAUCGGCAAUUGUAUAUCUUCAUUCAGUGCUUUUGUUAAACGCGAAAGAGAUUCAAAUGGUCUACCUAGUGAAUUUUGGGCAUUUCCUGUUUAUCAAAAAAAUAAUCAAAAGGAUGAAUUGUAAGUAUAAAGGAUUUAUUUACAGAGUAAUUUGAUAUUUUAUAUUUUUAUUACAUUCUUAAGAAAUAUAUUAUAUUUUUUGUGUGUACUUUUAGUAUCUUAAUAUUGUAUUCUGAUAUUUUAUAUUUGAUGACAUAUGAAGUAAUAAAAUAUUUUAUUGCUUACACUAUUUUAAAUAAUUAAAAUCUAGAAUAAUACUUACUGCUAUAAAAUCUGAAAUGUUUAAAAUUUAUAACUUACAGGUUAGAUAUUAGUUA